AUGGAUGUACUUCAGCAUGCGGCUCAUGGUGCCGUCGUGACCGGAGGAGGAAUAACAGCGGCGCAAAGUCUGUUUUCUCGAAGGCUCAACCCCCCAAGUUCGCUGGCGCUGGCGCUAGGAAGCUUUGUGGGUGUUUUCCGGCUGCUGGAAGGAGCGGGGCGAAAGCUAUCGACUGGAAAUAGACAGCGCUCCCCCAGUGCGUCUCAAGCAGCGGCAAUUGCGUCGGCGGUGGCGCUGACCCUGUUAGAAGCCGAGCGGAAGACAAUCGUGGUCUCGUACGCCGUCGUCGAGGCGACUUUGAUUCUGGUCAGAAAUCUAACCACACUUGCAGACGUCAAGUACAUUGAUAUUCCAGCGGGGGCAUUAGCGGCAGGACCACUAAUCGAUUCAUGGAUAUACCAGAGCGACGCAAUUGCCACGUCGCAGUUGGCUGCACUCGAUAGCUUCUGCCAACUGCCUCCGAAAGUACUGCGUCGAAUGCGCGACGAAAUUCCGUCCGGAAAGCUGGUGUCACGCUGUGACGUGUUCCAUCGCGGCCGAAGUUGUGUGCAAUUCCACCGGGACUACUUUAUCAAGGGCAUGAAAUUUGCCAUUCGAUUGUAUGUUCCUAUUUACGCUGUGUCGGUUCUCGCCCCAAAGUACAAGCGAUGGAUUUGGGGCCCACGGCCGGCGUUCGCUCCACUGGUGGCGCGCUAUCUACGCACGUGUUGCUGCCUCACUAUGCUGUAUCAAAUACCGCUGGGUUUCUCGUGUUUGUCACCAAGUGAUCGACAUCGUGCGACCGUCAAGAUGGCCGGCGUGCUCACGACGCUGGCGUUUCUUGCCGAGCACGAAAAGCGGCGGGGUAGCGUCAUGAAGGCUGUGGGUGUCUACAGUACUGGCGCCGUGGCCGCUCGGCUUGUGGCAGCACUGGGCGUGCCGCCCAAGGCCUGA